AUGGGAACUUGUGCUGCUCAAAAAUAAAAAAGAAUCUAAAAUGAUGGGGAAUUAUCAGAAACUAUGCUCAAAGUCAGAAUGUCGAAUGACAGUCAGGCUGUUUUGAGAGAGAAAACGAAAUAAAAGGGAAGUUUUAAUCCAUUUAAAAAUCCAAUAGUAAGUCGAAGAAUAAAGGAAAUUCCUGCUCAAUCAAUCAAUUGCUCUCUAAUUGAAUGA